AACAGUCACUUCGCUUCCUGUCUGUGUGGACUCUGUUGAAUUAAAUAUUUCUAAAGUAAAUCUGUCUAAAUCAAAAAGAAAAAUGAGCAAGGUAACGAUGACAAAGAAGGAGAUCCAAGCGCUUUCUGAGAGGUUAUCCCAUUCAACGGCAUACAAUAAGUAUGAAGUUGAAGUCCUUCUCAAGAGCUAUUUUCAUGAGAAAAAUAAGUACAAAAUGGACAGAGCUGUCUUCAGGGAAAUUAUAUCAAAUCAUUUUGGAUUGAGAGAUGAUUUGCUUAUGGAUAGAGUGUUUCGUACUUUUGAUAAAGAUAACGACAGUUUCCUGAACAUGGAAGAGUUUGUGAAUGGUAUGCACAUACUGACGCGGGCCUCAAUGGAACAGAAGAAAAGCUAUUGUUUUAAAGUCUAUGACUUGAAUGGUGAUGGGAUUAUAUCCAGAGAGGAGAUGUUCCAGCUGCUGAAACCCACCUUACUCAAGAGUAGUGGAGAGGAGGACCCAGAUGAGGGGAUCAAGGAAUUGGUGGAAAUUGUGCUGAAAAAGCUGGAUAUGGACCAUGACAGCAAAGUGUCUCUGGAAGAUUUUGUGUCUUGUUUGGACAGGGAACCCUUGCUACUGGAGUGCCUGGGCCCCAUUUUACCCGACCAUACGCAUAUCACUCGAUUUGAAGAAAAAAUGUUUGGCCAGAGCUGUUAGAGUGGGACUUCUCUGUACAGACUCUUUGAAAGAACUCUUUACAAAUACAGUAAACCAAACACAAUGACAACAUAAAUGAAGAACUUGUGUAUAUAUAUAUAUAUCUGCCAGCAUCAGUGAUAUGUAUGGAAUAAACAAAGCUGUAAGGUUUGGUCUUAUUCAAAAUGCAGGUGUCAUUUAUAUUUUCAAAUGUCAUUUCUCUUCCAAUAUUCAUCUAAGUCCAUGUCUCACUGCAUCAACUUGACUUAAAAUAAUGAUAUCAGCAGCUUUUAACAGGACAUCAUGUGUACAUAUUAUAUUAUAUUCUAUACGAAGUGAGAGGAAGAUUCCCAUCAGGAAUGAGAUCUCCAUUCUCUUGUGUCAAACAUUCCCUAAUAGAUGUCAGUUGCUAAUGUGGGUUUGGUUUGUGAUAGAUGUGUACAAAUGUAUAUAUUCUCUGAAAUAAACUGUGUGACAAAU